AUGUCGGCCGGUGGCGGCGAACUGACCAGCGAGGCCACGGAGACCACCGUGGAGUCGGUGGUCAACGCCACGGAGUCGGCGGAGAUGGGCCAGCCGUACUUUGACAACAGUACAAAGAGGGACUACACGGCUGCGGUCGGCCAGCCUGCGUACAUGCACUGCCGCGUGAAGAACUUGGCUGAUCGAGCGGUAUCCUGGAUCCGCAAACGCGACCUCCACAUUCUGACAGUGGGGGUGCACACGUACAGCAGUGACGCGCGGUUCGCGGCGCUCCACACAGAUGGCUCUGACGAGUGGACGCUGCGCGUUGCGCCGGCGCAGCCCCGUGACUCUGGCGGCUACGAGUGCCAAGUGUCCACUGAGCCAAAGAUAAGCCUGUCUUUUCGGCUGACUGUAGUUGUAUCAAAAGCGGAGAUCCUGUCAGGACCUGAGCUCUUCGUGCGAGCUGGCUCAGAUAUCAACCUGACCUGCAUAGCCCGACACGCCCCUGACCCUCCUAGCUUCAUCUACUGGUACCGCGGGCCGCACGUGGUGAACUACGCACAGCGAGGAGGCAUUAGCGUGGAGACUGAGCAGCGCACGCGCACAAGCCGUCUGUUGAUCGCGCGCGCUUCGCCGAGGGACUCUGGGAACUACACCUGCGCGCCUAGUAGCUCUGGUGAGUAA